AUGACGCAUACGACCACAGCAUUCCGCCACGUGAGCCAGUACGAGCAUCGAGACCCGAGUUCGAGCGAUAUGAUUGGUGCAGAGGCCCAGUGGCCCCAGCGGAAACGCCAAGGUGUUCCGGAGCGCGGAGACUUGGCGCCUCCUGAGGCAAUAAUACAGACUGCACCGCAGGGUGACUGUCCGGUGGCCUUGGCGUGCUGCUGCGCGGGGGUCUGA